CAGUUAUCCCCCAGUUUACCUUCGGACGAGCCUGUAAUGGACUACUCCAGUUCUCCCAGCAACCUGGACGGAUUUUGAGAAACGUUUGUGUUUUUAGCUCCUUCCCCGCAGUUUUUCCACAUUCAAGUCAGCAGAAUGGCUGAAAAGGAGCCCGAAUCGCCUGGAAAACUAAAGACAUUAUUAUUAUAGCCAGAAUUGGCUUUUUCGGAAUAGGGGGCCUCUCCGAACGGACAGUUCCUUUUCACAACUUUCUCCUCUGUGGAUAAUGGAUGGCAGAGAUUUUGGACCUCCCCGAUCCGUCCACGUACCACCUCCGUUGUUGGCGGGGCUCGCAAUGGAGUCGCAUCGACUCGGAGCAGCAGCGGCAGCCGGGAGGAUCCCUCCCUCGCCCGGUCACUUGGGCGCGAGUCAUCCGCCACCUCUCCACUCCGGAAAAUUCCUGCCAUCGGCCAUUAACCUACAUCCACACCACAGUGAAGCCUUCCCAGCAGGCUCCAGUCCCUUCCUCUCUGCUUAUCCGGGCCCCUCCCCCUUGACCUCCGACCCUGCAUACAGGUCGGCCAAUCCCAGCAGUCUGCAGAUGGCUCAGCUCUGGGCAUCACACGCCCACGAAGGCUACCCUCCUCUGCCGAGCAGCCUGUACUCCAGCCCCUACCUGUCCCUGGGCCACCUGGAUCCCCCCUCGCUCUCCCAGCACCCUCUCUACGACUCACAUAAAGAGGGCUUUUACCUGCCGGCCUCCUUGAGCCAAUUGCCUCUGCACCCACCGUCUGCUCCCUCGACCACCCCAUCCAGCUCCACACCCCCUCAGAGGACGUCCCGGGACGGGGGUAGGGACCGGCAUUACCGGGGUGAGAGGGAGAGAGAGAGGGACAGAGAGCGAGAGCGGUCGAGAGAGGAGCAGAGGCCGCACAGCGUGGUGGACCUGACGCAGGACGGGAGGAGUGAGGAGGACCGCAGGGCGAGGAGCGGCGAGCGAGAGAAAGAAAGGGAUCGGGACACGGAGAGAGAUAUUUGGUCCUACCAUCCUCACCACCACCAGCAUAAAUCACACUCCCAACCUUUCACCACAGAGCCCAGAUCCAGGCCGUCGCCUCCACGGCCCUCUUUCCCUUCAGGUGGGGGUGGGGGCAGGUUUCAUGGACCAGAAACAGACAGAGGGGGUCGGGAAGAAGAGGGGGGCUCUCGACCCCACCACAGCCAUAACUCUCACGCGAACUCAAAUAACUCAAACUCUCACUCAGACAGACAAAAGAGAAAUGACGCUGUGGCCGCUUCGGCUGGGACCCUCCACAUCUCCUACGCCCAUCCUCCUGCGCUCCAGCCCUCCGUCGCUGGCCCGCCCCACCCCUCCAUGCCCAGAGAGCCUAUCAGAGAGCAGCGAGUCAGCGCGCCGACAUAUGUGCCUUCUGUGGAGGUUUACGACGAGCGGACAGGGCCCAUCCAGAUCGCCUCGCAGGCCCGCGACAAGCAUGGUGACAGACACAGAGACAGAGACAGAGAAAGGGAACGAGACAGAGACAGAGAAAGGGAACGAGACAGAGACAGAGACAGAGAGCGUGAGCGUGACAGAAACAGGGAGAGGGAGAGCUACAGGUUUCCUGAGAGGAGCUUGAUGGAGCAUCCUCGGCUCUCCCUGUCUGGCGAUUCAAGCAAUCAGAGAGAGGAAGGUUCUGUGAUUUGUUCCAAUGGUUCCAUUGGUAAACGCGGACAGGACAUGUCUUACUCCUCCAGUCAAUCAAGGUUCAGCCCGGAAACCAGGGACAUCCCCAAACACUCGCUCAGAUUGGGCAUAGAGCGGGCAGGGGCGGAGCCUAAGUGGAAUACCAUCAGCCCAUUAGCCAACUAUGCCACGAGUCACAUGGCCGCCCUGGCAGCCCAACACGGACACACACUCUCCUCUCCCCACAGCCAACAGACACACACACAAAUAUCCCACUCCCCUCACACAACCCACCGGCCCAGCAGCAACACACACUCCACCCACAGCCAUUCCCCCCAGACACACCCCUCCCAACAUGGACAUGGUCACGGAGGUGAGGAGGGGAGUCAGAGACGCUACUUGGACCCAUCGGCGCUCUACCGACCUGGGGGGUCAUUGGCAGGAGGGUCCGGGGGUGGAGAGCGAGGUGGGGGAGCGGGUUCUGAUCCCACGGAGGUUUCGGCCAUGCAGAGUCUGAUUAAAUACAGUGGAAACUUUGCCGCUGAGGCUCCUGGGUCCUCUAGGCACUCUGCAGACGGCCGAGGACCCUUUGGGGGUCUGGGUAACAUCGGGUUCAAAGCAGAAGCAGAGAGGGAGACUGAAAAAGAGAGAGAGCGGGAGAGGGAAAGGGAGAGGGAAAAAGAAAGAGAGCGGGAAAGAGACAGGGAAAGAGCAUCAGUUGGACUGGGUUCUUCAGGGGCUUUGAGGGUCCCUCCCCAGCUGAAGAGGGAGCAGGAGCGACCGGACAGCGCCCGCUCGUUUGGCCGUGAGGGGGAGGGGGAGGUGCGCCACCCUCCAGUUGGCAUUGCCGUGGCUGUGGCCCGGCAGCGAGACAGUGGGAGCACCAGUAAACAGACCAGUGGACCUUCAGACACACAGAGGACCCUGCUGCAAACAGCUAUUAAAGAUGAGGAGCGAGGGGAGGAGCGUGCUCGUCACCAUGAAGACAGACUGCUGGCCGGCCGGCUGGAGCGCGAGCAGGAGAAGGUGCUCAGAGAGUCCAAGGAGCUGGCAGAGUUUACUCAGAUGCACCCCACCCCGCUGUCUAGCGGCCUGACGCCCAGUAUGAUGACACCCAGCCUUAUGACCCCCAACCUUAUGGUGACAGGCGGGGCUGCCCUGGCAGGGGCGGGGCGAUGGCCUCCCGAUCCCUCAACUCUGACCUCUCACCCGUGGAUGCCCCGGCCUGGAGCCCCUCCAGUCUGGCUCUCAAGUUCCCCUUAUAGCCUGGGUCCCUCCUCACUCCACCAGACCCUCCCCCCAGGCUACCCAUCCUCUCUGCCAGGCUCCAUGCCCCCUCCCUACCAGUUUGCCAGGGACCCACAGUCUGGACAGCUAAUAGUCAUCCCCACUGAACACCUGCCACACUACGGAGGUGACGUACUGGAGCGUGGAGCCCCGGUGUGGUCGGGGGUAUACGGUACAGGCAGCUCGCUGCAGCACGCAGCCCAGCUCCAGCUCCUCUCCCAGCAGCAGAUGCUCCGGCAACAGGAGCUACUCAUGAUCCAGCAGCACACAGCGCAGGUCCUGGAGCUGCAGAGGAACGCACAGCUAGUCGAACGUUUAAAGGCCAGCGAGCACCGGCCAGACAUGGAAGACAAAGCAGACAAGCGGAACGCCGACCCCAAACCCCGCCCCUCCUCGAUAUCCUCCCCGUCUCCCUCACCCAUCCUGCACCCCCGCAAACCUCCCCCUCCCUCUCGCUCGCCAACCCCGUCUACCUCCUCCCUCACCCCUCUGCCCCCGCUCCCCUCACCAGUGACCACCCUCAAGUCAGAGGAUGGUGGGCAGAGAGUGUUGUCUCACCCACCGACAGCCUUGCCUCGCUCGCCUUCUCCCCGCUCGCCCUCUCCACCCCCGUCCUCUCCACGGCGGCCUAAGCAGGAGGCAGCUGAGGAGGGGGAGGUGGAACGGAGAGGGCAGCGAGGGGGACAGAAGACAGCCUCUGCACCCUUUCAGGGCAUCUACUCAGAUCUCCCUCCAGGCUACCCAUACCAGUCCAUCACUGCCCCUUUUGGCUCACCUUUCGCCCCUUAUCACAUCCCAGCACCCACAGGGGCAGACACAGAAGUCGUCCCACCCCACCUCUCCCGCUCUCCUGCCUCUGCUGCCCCAUUGCCUUCAGCCCACCUGCAUUCAAGGUUGCUGGACUCAGACAUCAAGCCACAGAAACUAGAGCCGUCAAAGACGGGAUCUUUUCUCAAGCAGGAACCCGGUGUGGAACUGCCUCAGCUUGACGUCACACCAGAACCUCUGGGUCCUCUUCGCCAGAGCUGCAGCCCUGUGCUAGCCAGCCAGAACAGAGAGGGUCCUGGGGAAGCCUCUAAGCCGAAGCCUCAACCACUACCUCUGCAUGUCCCCAGCCCUCCACCGCAACAAGCUGAAAGACUUGAGGAAGUCAGGGAGGAAGAGAAGGAAGGAGGGCAAAUCAAAAUGGAGGCAUCAUCUUACUCCUGUCAGGCAGCAUACCCCCUGCCUGCUCCGCUUACAGAAGCCAAGCUUAAACCAGAGGUCAUCAAAGAUCCAGAACGAUAUCCACCGUGCAUCACUGCAGAUUCAGAAAGCCAGGAAUCUAUUCAGAUGAGUGUGUCACUAGAGCAAACCGCCAGCGUUGUGUGUGAACAGGAACAGCCAGACACUCCAAUCAACUCGCUCCCUCCCAGUCAAGAAGAAAGUGUCACUGAAAGUCUCGUUUGUCCACCUCCCUCCUCCAACUCGCCGCUCCCGCUGGUCAUCGGCCCCGAGGAUCCCAUGGCGGGGAUGCUCGCUUUGCUGACAGCAAGCGAGAUGGCCCAGGCCCGCCCCAGCACCCCACCUGCUCCAACCCUCACACCGCAGAUCAAAAACCCUCCCGUGGGCGCAGACUGCGGCAGUGCUGGUGCUUUGGAGAUAGUGGCACUGGAGGGGAUGGCCUUGCUUAGCCAAAUGGCCCAGCAGGAGAUGGUACACAUCAGCCUAGAGCAAGAUCUGACGUUAGAGGGUCUGGACUGUCUUCUGGAAGCAAGCAGACAGAUUUUGUUGGAGGCCAUUGAGAAACAGUCCCACAUUGAUCUGCCCAGAACGCUGGACCCUGACAAGAAGUACAGCUGGAGGCAGAGGAAGGAGGAGCCGCUGUACAGUAAAAUGUCUGUGGAAAUGUUGGAUGCGGUGGAAGUGGAAUACCGUGUUCGCCUGGCUGAGCUGCAGAAGAUGUACAAGGAGAAGCAGAGAGAUUUGAGCAAGCUGCAGAGACGCCGAGACAAGCGUGAGCGGCAGCAGCAGGAAGAUGAGAGGCGCAGUCUCACCAGACGGGGCAGAGGCCGACCCAGGAAGAGGAAACGCUUGACUACACCUCCCAAACUGGACAGCAGGCCUGGAAAGGUGGGUAGGUCUGUGCAGUACUCUGAGGACUCUGAAGCUGGGGAUGGACAGAGGAAGAGGUUCCGGAUGUCAAGAGAAGAAGAGGAGAUGGAGGCAGGAAGUGGAGGAGUGAAGGUGAAAAAGAAGAAAAAGAAGAAGAAGAGCUGGAAUGACCAGGAACCAUCCACCAGUCAUACUCUGGAGGUGUUGAAGGCGAAGCGUGGCCACGUGUGUGAGCAGGAGCAGCUGGCGUCGGACCUCGACAGAGCGCUUUCGCUCUCUCAGCUCGGCUCUCUUGGCGCAUCUCGCAAACUUGCGUCCAACUCCAAAUUAGACAAGUCGAAGGGCAAGUCGGCAGAGAGUCGGAUGAAGGAGCGAGGCAUACACUCAUCCACCAAAGGAGGGAAGCACAAGAUGGCUGCCAAGGCUUCUGCUUCAGAGACCGUCCGGAAGGUGAAAGGUCAGAAGAAGACUGCUCUGUUCUCUCCAGUGAGAUCAGAGCUCAGCAGCUGCUCUAACAACUCAGAUUCAGAGGAGCACAAUUCUUCUCGAGGGGGCUGGCCCCCUCUCUCAGGGACACGUUCCCACGGCAGCCUGACCAGGAAGAGGCGGUCCGCAUCGUCGCCGACGUCCCUGCUGUCCAGUCAGAAGUCUCAGAAGAAGAAACACAAGCACUUAUCCCUGCUGCUGGAGGAAGCGGGCCUCAGCUCCUCUGACGACUCCUUCGACCAAGAAACCUCUGAGGAUGACGACGAAAACGAGGACGAGUCCGAUUCGGACGACGACGGCGGCUGUGAGGAGAGCGGGCUGGGUCUGCUGGCCAGGUUUGCGGCCAGCGCUCUCCCUGUCAGCUCCACCCCGCUAAGCCUUCUCCAUGACGGCAAACACCGCAGCAGGCAAAGCACUCUGGGGUCAUCAGAGUGCGAGUGGUCCGACUCUGGCUCCGACUUGCGGCUGAGGAAGUUCCCCUCACUGCUGCACGGCAAACGCUCCGCCCCAGAGCUCCCCCUGUUGCCCCCGGCAAACCGCCGUAUCGACCAGACCAGCCCCACCAAGCGAGACGAGGUGCUGCCAAUUCAACGAAAACCCCUCCCCAAACCACGUCCCUCGCCCCGGUCGCCACGGCGGUUCAGCUUCGACCUCUCCACCAGCUCUGGGGUCGGAGGCUUCAGCGAGGACGAGGGCUGGACCCGACGACGCAGCGAGAGGAUUUUCCUCCACGAUGCCACCACCUCAGCCAGUCAGACGACUGUGCCAGCCUCUGCCUCCUCCAGUCAGAGCUCCUCCUCCAGCUCAGCCCCACCUCUCACCCCAAAGCCAGCCCCCAGACCCAAACCUGCUCCACCCAGCAGAGAGGGGAAAGAUGUGGUGAAAAAAAAGAAGCUGAAGGACUCUCCUCUGCCUGUGAGCCCCUCCACCCUGUGCGGUCCAAUCACAGACAGCCCCGCGCCUCUGAGCCUCAGCCCGUCACGCAAGAGCCAACCAAAAGCCAAGACCAAGGCCAGAGAGCCCUCCAGGGGAGCGGUGAGCCGGCUGAUGGAGAGCAUGGCAGCAGACGAAGACUUCGAGCCCAACCAGGACAGCAGCUUCAGCGAAGACGAGCUCCUCCCACCGCGCAGCAACAGCGUAUCGGAGAGGUCCUCCACUCCUGCUCCAGUGCAGUGCGUGUUGGACAAGGAUUCUCUGGUGGACGGACUCAGAGUUUUGAUCCCGAUGGACGACCAACUACUGUACGCAGGACACGUCAACACUGUACACUCCCCUGACAUAUACAGCGUGGUGGUGGAGGGGGAGAGAGGGAACCGACCGCACAUCUACUGCUUGGAACAACUGCUGCAGGAGGCUAUCAUCGAUGUGAAGCCUCCCUCUGUGCGCUACCUCCCAGAGGGCACCCGCAUCGCUGCCUACUGGAGCCAGCAGUACCGCUGCCUUUACCCCGGCACUGUUGUCAACGGAAGUUCAGAUAUCGAUGAGAAUGAUGAUCUUAUCACAGUGGAGUUUGACGAUGGUGACACGGGCCGCAUCCCCCUCUCCCACAUCAGACUGCUGCCGCCAGACUACAAGAUCCACUGCGCCGAGCCGUCCCCUGCCCUGCUCGUGGCCAGCUGCUCCAGGAGGCGAGUCCGCAAAUGCAGCAAAGAGGGCAAAGAGGUGGGAACAAAGCCAGAGGAGACCACUCCUAAGAUCAAAGGAAAACCUGGACGCAAACCCAAACCCAAACCAGAGGCCAACAUGAACCCAGAUGGCCGGGAGAAAGCUGAUCCUCCGUCUUCCUCCACCCAGCCUGUUGAAAAACCCCAGGCUCCAGCCAAGCCUACAGGGGACAGGAUCUCCUCUGUCCAGAAGGCGUCUCAGGAGAAGCCCAGGCCGGCAUCCCGGCCAACAAUGGUAACCCAGGGAAAACCAGGUCGCAAGAGCUCCACCACGUCCCCCACAAGUAGCCCCACCCUUCCCAGCCCGGUGCCCAGGAAGCCAAGCUCAGCUCAGCCUCCUACUCCUAAACCUGCCCGCACUCUCCCUCCCUCCCUCUACCCCUCCACCUAUGGGAAGGUCCUGACCGUGGAUCUGUACAGCGAGCCUAACCUCAGCUCGUACAACAACCAGCGCAGAGAAAGAGAGAAUAGCAGCAGUGUCAGUCCCACCACCAACAGACCAAUGUCCAGACCCAGUAUGGCAACAUCAUCUACUGCACCUAAGCCAAGUGCUCCGUCCACGCCCAGGCCGACGUCUGCUUCCACACCCAAAACCAAAUCCUCCUCGGACCAUCACAGCAGCUCCAGACCCAGCCUCAGCUCCGGACUCACACCCAGCCCCAUCUCCAGACUGUCAGCGGGCAAACCCGGGUCUUCACUGACUCCCAGACCUUCAUCAUCAUCGUCUUCGUUGUCAUCAUCAUCUGCCCCGAGACCCAAACUGAAGAUGCCAUCCGACCAGCUAUCCUCCAGCUCCAGACCCAACCCCAUCUCCAGACCCAAGCCCAGCGCGGGGCAAAGUGACAUGGGUUCAGUGGUGAGGCGCAAGCCCCUGUCUGCAGAGCCCCUCGUCAAGCUUGACCACGAAGGCGUCACCUCUCCCAAGACCAAGAAAACCAAGGCUCUGAUGUUGCUAGAGGGUCGGGGCGUUCGACGAGAUCACACCCCCAUCGCCACAGCCACGGCCAAUCAGAAACCGCUAAAGGCUAAACCCAGAGCUCCAGAUAGUGAGACUGGCCCGCCAGAGAAAGACUCUACCUACAAAGCACCAAUGCUUGCUAAGGAGAAGGCAGCAGAUAGUCGUGGAAGUGCUGGUAGAGGACAGGAGAUGGACACUAGAGAGGAGAAAGGUAAAAAGGAGGAGAGAAAGGAGAUGGAGAAAAGAGAGGAGAGAAAGAUGAAAGAGGAAUCUCAGAGUAGCAGCAGCUCAGAGUCUGAGGAAGAGGGGCAGAAAGGGAAGCUGAAGAAAAAGAAGAAAUGCACCUCAAGUUGCUCUUCCUCCUCUUCAUCCUGCUCCGGUUCCUCCUCAUCUUCUUCAUCAUCAUCUUCUUCGUCGUCCUCUUCGUCCACCGAUGACUCCUCCUGCAGCUCAGAUGAAGAGAGGACCGCCACGCCUCCACCAGGCCCCGUCUCCCCGCCUGCAGUGCAGGAUAAACUGAAAGAAGAAACGAAACACGAAGAAGAAGAGGUGAAGAAGGAGGCUGAGGUAAAAGUGGAGGAAGAAGAGCUGUCUCCUCCUUCAGAGUCUCCCUCCCCUUCAGCCUCUCCGACUCCUGCUGCUUCUGCUCCCGCUAAACCUGCUAAACCAGCCACCGGGAAGGGCUCCGGGCAGAGGGGCCGUCCUCCAAAGCCAAAGCCCAGCGGAGGGGAGGGGAAGGUGGGGAGACCAAAGCGGAGAGAGGGGGUCCACCUCCCCACAACCAAGGAGCUGGCUAAACGCCAGAGGCUUCCCAGUGUGGAGAACAGGCCCAAAAUUUCUGCUUUCCUUCCAGCCAGACAGCUCUGGAAGUGGUUUGGGAAACCCACUCAGAGACGUGGUAUGAAGGGCAAGGCCAAGAAGCUCUUCUAUAAGGCCAUCGUGCGAGGUCGAGAGAUGAUCCGCAUCGGAGACUGUGCCGUGUUUCUGUCCGCCGGCCGGCCUAACCUGCCCUUCAUCGGCCGCAUCCAGAGCAUGUGGGAGUCAUGGGGCAGCAACAUGGUGGUCAGAGUCAACUGGUUCUAUCAUCCAGAGGAGACGAACCCUGGCAAGAAACUCACAGACAAGAAGAACUGGGAUCAGAUGUGUGGUCAGUCUCUACCAGCAGCUCUGCACUCUUCCAUCCAGAGGAAAGACUUCAUGGAGCGCGCCCUCUACCAGUCGUCUCACAGCGAUGAGAAUGACGUGCAGACGGUCAGCCAUAAGUGCCUGGUCGUAAGCGUGGAGGAGUAUGAGCAGAUGACCCACACACGCCGAUACGCCGACAGCGAGGACCUCUACUACCUGGCCGGCACCUACGAACCCACCACCGGCAUGAUCUUCAACACCGACGGAGUCCCAGUCAUCUGCUAAACAAACCCAGAAACCCGGCACGAGUCGCUGAAACCAAAUCAUGACCCAACUUACCAACUUUGGACCUCGCCAAGGAGUCAAACCCACCGCGAGGUCUUUCCAAGUCUAAUCACUGAUCUUCAUUCAUGAUGGAUCUUUUCACAGCCGUGACUCAAUGAACUGCUCCGAUACCAUGAUACACUUCAAACAGACUGUCUUGAACAGCUACUACUACAGAGACGGGAGACACUAUAGACAGUAUUAAAAGGAACAAGUCUCUUGGAUCUUUUGCACACACAGACUCCAUUAACACAUACUGCUCGCCGUGUUCAUGAGAAAGCCUCUGAACACACACGAGCGCUUCAGCCUCCUUUUACAUGUAAAUAUCCUUGUCACAAACACGUACUUACGCUCACACAUGCACAGACACCUGUAAAUACUCACCUCCAUGUAAUACACACACAGUUAUAUAGAGGAUAAUAUGAGUGUUUUAUUUUCAUGUUAUAGAUUUAUGUCAGAGUACUUUUUUCUAAAGAGGUAAACAGUCGAGAAGCUUUAAUGAACUGUGAAUGAUGAUACAGGAGAGAGGCCCGCUUCUGUCCGUCCGCCCCAGCGGGACAGACAGAGAAGAGACACACACACACACACACACACACACCGGUGAUGUGACGUUGUGAUUAUGAUGUUGCCGUGGUGAUGUUACAGUCAUGUUACAGUCAUAUAAAUGUAUCUACAGAACAGCAGGAGCGACAGACAGACGCGAAGAGAGACAGAGAUGCACAGAAAGAGAGAGGUAUAGACUCCUUCCAUUGCUGUCCAACAGAAAGCACUUAAGAAAAAAAAAACACUUAAAGUCUGCCCUCCUUUAAUUUUAACCCUUUGAUCCCCCUUGACAAUCCUGACCCGGGCAGGCAAACUGUCCGCACGCUACUCAAACUUCUGACUCCCUCAGAGACUCAGGCUUUAAGAGAGAGGAAGGAAUCUUGUACUAUUAAAAGCACUUCCCAUUUUCAUUGUCGAGUUCCUUAUCUUAAAGGAAAAAUCCACCCUGAAAACACUAUGAAACGAAAACAGCUGCUGUUGAUGUUUCCUUGUAUGUUGUUUGCCCACUUUGCACUGAGGCUGAACAACAGCACGGGGAGAAAUGGAUCCUAGAGUUUCUCGAGUUUCUCCACCUGACAGCAGCCUCGAUGGAGACCCAGCACAGCUACGGGGUUCAGGUGUCAGGGGGGUGUCGGGAAACACCCUGGGAAAAAGCAGGACACCUUUUUUUUUUUUUUUUUGGAAGAAAAUUGGCUAACCAUGAAAAUAGAACUACAACACUUGAUCACAAAGUGGCUCCAUGAAUGCACCGAACGAGACAAGCUGGUGUAUUAACAGUGCAGGAGUCCCAGAGGGUGGAUUUUUCCUUUUUUUUUUUUUUUCUUUCCUUUUUAAGGUGUUUUCAGGGUUGUAAACAUUGCAGUCAGCUCAAGAUGCAUCAAGGUCAUGGCGCUGAUAGUCAGUAUGCAGCUGCCAGCACUGAUUAGAUCAUGAACAUAAUUCAAUUAUUUUGGCUGCAGCGUUUUCAACCUCUAAAUGUCCUGUGUUGGAUGUGUUUUUCUUUUUCUUUCGCUUCUGCUCUUUUACGGGUGUCUAUCGCACCCUUAGUUUGAACACAUUUCGCCCCUCCGAGCAAUCAUCUUUGACAUGAGUGCACUUUGAAUGAGCCCCCGCUGCAGAGGAGACUCUGCGACUGGGAGUCUUGUAUGUCUUCCGAGAGUAUUUACUAACCCGCUACCGCCACCUCUCCUCCCUCUGCCCGAUGCCCCCUUCGCUUGUCAGACGCAGAUGAACAGACACGCCGUCACGUCCCAUUUUUUACUCGUUCUUUUCGCCUCCCGCAGCUGCUUAUGAAUUUUUUCUACGUGCCUAGUUUUAACCGUUUUUUAGGGUGAGACUGUUGAAUGUCGUGCUCAGGGUUGUGAGCGUUUGGGCGGCCUUACUCUCCCAGGCCUUAUGAUGAUGAUUCGCCAAAAUCUCACUUAGGUUCCCCCCUCGAGGAGUAAUCAGAUUGGUAUUUUCCUCAGUCUGCUGACGUCGGGAAACGCCUGAAUUCUUUGUGAUUUCUAGUUUAAACAACCCUCCGUUCCUGAGCUCUUAACUCACUUAGCUACACUAUUGUGUAUAGAGUGUGUAUCAGUAUCUGUAUACAGUAUGUAGUAUACUGUAUAUAUAGAAUCUAUCUGUGAUUAUCGUGUUGAUUUUCUUGUAUGUUUCUUACCACGUUGCCCUCUCUCUGCUUCGCUGCAGAGACUGAUGAUUGUCUUGUUGAUAUUCAAUAGGUUUAAUAUUUUCUACUCUUUUGAGAUCUUUUGGUUACGUCUGAACUUGUCUGAUUUUAUUGUAGGGUUCAUGUCGUUUGUACUCACUCUGAGAUCGCUGCGAGACGUCCCAAGAUGUUAAUGUUGUUCGCGAUAACAUUUUUCCUGUUAAAUGAUGAAAGACAUCUGCCAGUGUAGCAGCAUUUCAGCGCAUGUAUAAAAUCCAGACAUGAUAGCCUCCCAGUCAGAAAAGGAAACGUUUGAUAAUGUGCUGCUAGUGUAUUAGUGUUGAAAGUGGUUUAACCAGGUACGGAGUGACUACACGUGCUGUUUUCUCAUAUUACUCGAUGGAUCGAUGCCAGAGAAUCGUAUCUGCUCAAAACCCCACGUGCUCCUCAAGCUGCUGCUCCAAGAUCCCCGCCUGAAACUCGCAUUUCUGCAGACAGAAGUUUUGAGUGACAGUCGGCCAAAGUGGAUCUCUGGCUGGUGUGUGUCAGCCGUGGGAGUGUGAUGGGUACACGGCCCGUACCGGUGUUUGCAAAGAGAACAAGUUAAAGUGCCCGUUAUGAAUGUUUGUUUACCCCUGGAGCUACUAAAGCACUUUUUUUUGUCCGUGCGUGUGUGUGUGUGUGUGUGUGUGUGUGUGUCGGUGAGGAAGGCUGAUAAGACAUCACACUCUUAUCCCCUGGUGUUACACGCACACACACGCACACACUUACACACCUUUGUAACCCUUUAAGGUGUGUGUUAUUGCCUUCCAAUCUCUAUUUGCCCUCUAUCUCCAUCCAAAGCCCAGCCUUAGGCCUUCAGACAGGGUCCAACACACACACACACACACACACACUUAUUGCCCACCUCGCCUUCACUUUCAUUUGGAGUCACGUUUAAAGAGCCUGACUUUGUGUACGUUCUUUUUAUCACCGUUCAUGUUUCACUUUGGCUUGUCCUUCACUUUUUUGUUUUUGCUGUGAUUUAUUUCGUCAGAUUAUUCUUUUUCUGUCGCAUGAUUCUGCCUUCUUUGUUUUUUUUGUUUUUUUUUCCCUUGCUUCCCCUCUCUGAACAAUCGUCCACGCCUCUCAAGCAAUACUGCUGACGGGCACUGGGAGCUAGCUGCUAGAGAGAGAGACAGAGAGAGAGAGGAAUGGGAGAGAGAGAGGUGGACUGGAGGCUGGUUCUUCGUCUGCUGUUCCUUCAGUAUCGUUAUCGUCCUGUUACAGAAAAAAUAGAUUAUUUUGAAAAUAAAUAGAAAAAUCAUCUAAGUUUUGUAAAUGAUCCUUCACUGUCGAGGGGAGAAAAAGCUAUCAGAAUAUACUUUGUACACGUCUAAUCUUGUAAAAAUGCAAAAAAAAGGAAUACAUUUUAGAGAUAAAUCUGAAAGCAGAUAUAUUCUGUCACCCUAUACUGUACGUGUAAGGAACUGGGUUUUUUUCUUUUUUUUUUUUUUUACAGACAGCAACCACGUUUGUCAGUGUUUCUUUUAAAUUGUUUUAGUAACUCAAUAUUUUAUAGUUAAUCAAUAAACAGAUGGAACUGUA